AAAAUGCCUCUCGGUGGAUGACGUGUAUGUAUGGGUCCUUCGGACUUCCGGGUGUGUAUAAACAGGUUGCUAACGGAGUCGCCUCGUAAAAAUGUCUAAAGUAACGUUUAAAAUCACCCUGACGUCGGAUCCCCGGCUGCCAUACAAAGUCCUAAGUGUCCCAGAGAGCACGCCAUUCACAGCAGUUUUGAAGUUUGCAGCUGAGGAGUUCAAAGUGCCAUCAGCAACCAGCGCAAUAAUAACAAAUGAUGGAAUAGGAAUCAACCCUGCCCAGACAGCAGGGAAUGUGUUUCUAAAACACGGCUCAGAGCUUCGCCUCAUUCCCAGAGACAGAGUGGGAGGACAAGGAGACUGAUGUUGCUUUUCCUCGUUGACGGCAUAAUGACUCACCCCAGCAGAAUCAUAUAACACUUGAGACCCAGGAAACACCUCAGCGUGUGUCAUAUUUAUUUUCUGGCCCACAACUGACAAGUGACUCACAUGAGAAUAUGUAUGUUUAAACUUGAUGAUGACAUGCACUCACACUUGCAUGCCCCCCUGCAUCUUCAUUCUCAGUCAAGUUUUCUUUUCAUCUGCAAGUGUAGUUGCAUCAAAAGAUUAGAAUGACAUCAGCUUCAGAUCAAGAGAUACCGAGUAUUUAAUAUACAUAAACACAGCAGCUGCACCCUGGGAAGGAGUUUAGUUUAAGAUUAAGAAACAAUGUCUCAACAGUUAUAGUUUUUGUAUCUUUGUAAAUGACAAUAAACAAACAGUAUAACUAACAGUACAUGCCUAUUUUGCAGUGUUUACUUUUAUUAUUAGUUGCAUUGUAAUAUGGUAUUGUGAGAAAUUAAGUUUUUUUUUAAGUAUAUGUUUAAUUUUAAGGACCUUUAUCAUUAUAUUAUGUGGCUGUUGAUGCAGGUAAAAUGUCUGUUCACUGUAAAUCUCUUUGUCAGGCACCUGUUGUUUGAGUAGUAUUAACUGGACUUGCAUCAUGGAUCUGUACUGAACUUGUAUUGUGGACCAGAUUCUUCCACAACUAGAAGAAGAUAUCUACAGAUAAUAAUAUUUUGGCUAAUGUAAAGAAAUGUGUUUUCUCACAUGUUACACUGAGCAGGCACGUGGAUCUUUGCUGCCCUCUGUCAGGUUAUAUUCUAUCGUCAGUUUGUAUACACCAUAAAUGCCUUGCUUCUGUAUUCCAAACCAUGUCUUAUGUCCCAUCUUCACACAAUAAAUAUAAAAAGAUUA